GCGGUGGCGUCGACGUUUAUUUAAACAAUCGGGCCAUAAAACAUUCACCAAUAAAAAUAAAUUGAACUCAAUUAUCCAACGUAGCGAGUGCAGUCAACAUGUCGUUCCUGAUUAAAGCAGCCGCCUGCACACGCCAGCUCGUUCAUAAGACUCCAUUGCUGCUGCAGCAGCAGGUGCGUCAGCUGAAUCUCUUGGAGUUCCAGAGCAAGGAUCUGCUGCAAAAAUACGGAGUGGCCAUACAACAAUUCAAGGUCUUGGAUAACUCCAAAGCCGACGCGGAUGUUGUCAAGACUUUCGAGUGUCCCGAGUAUGUGGUGAAGGCGCAGAUACUGGCCGGCGGCCGUGGCAAGGGAACAUUCGACAAUGGCUUCAAGGGAGGCGUGCACAUAACCUCAAACAAGAGCGAUGUGCUCUCGCUGAGCAAACAGAUGAUCGGCAAUCGACUGAUAACCAAACAGACACCAAAAUCGGGUAUUCUGGUCAACAAAGUGAUGGUCGCUCGCAGUGUGAACAUCACACGGGAGACUUAUCUCUGCAUCUUGCUGGAUCGCGAACACAAUGGACCCGUGCUGAUUGCCUCGCCGGCUGGCGGCAUGGACAUCGAGGCUGUGGCCGAGGAGACACCCGAGAAGCUGCUCACUGUGCCCCUGGACAUUGACAAGCCCAUACCGGAGGCCACGCUCAUUGAGGUGGCCAAAUUUCUGGAGUUCAAGGGUGACACCGUCAAGCGUUGCGCUGAGGAGAUUCAGAAGCUGUACACUCUGUUCAAGUCGGUGGAUGCCGUGCAGAUUGAGAUCAAUCCUUUGGCGGAGACGGACAAGGGCGAGGUCAUCUCGGUGGAUGCCAAGCUAAACUUUGAUGACAACGCCCAGUUCCGGCAGAAGGAUAUCUUUGACAUGGACAUCACCGAGGAGGAGGCCGAUCCCCGUGAGGUGGAGGCAGCCAAGUACAACCUCAACUAUGUGGCAAUGGAUGGAAAUAUUGGCUGCCUGGUGAACGGCGCUGGCCUGGCCAUGGCCACCAUGGACAUCAUUCAGCUGAAUGGCGGCUCACCGGCCAACUUCUUGGACGUCGGCGGCGGCGUCAAUGAGUCGCAGGUGGCCAAGGCCUUUGAGAUUCUCACAGCCGAUCCGAAAGUCAAGGGCAUCCUCGUGAAUGUCUUUGGAGGCAUCGUCAAUUGUGCCACCAUUGCCAAUGGCAUUGUGGCUGCCUCCAAGAAGUUAAAGCUGAAUGUGCCUUUGGUGGUCAGGCUGGAGGGAACGAAUGUGGACAAGGCACGCGAGAUUCUGAAGAACUCGGGACUGCCCAUCCAAACGGCCAGCGAUUUGGAUGAUGCUGCCCAAAAGUCAGUUGCUGCCUUGAAUUAGAGAGUUUAGGAUUGCGAGAUUAUGUCUUCCAGACGCACAUUUAGCAUUUACAUUGGACAGGCCUUCUAGUUUUUAAGUUUUUAACGAAGAAUAUAAACCAGAUUCUGUUUUUAUUUUACCAAAA